UCAGAGGCUUCCCACCCAGCUGCUGCCUGGGCAGGCUCCCAGCCUGGGCCUCAUCCACAGCCAGCUUCUCUGGGACCAUAGGCCUGCCCAGCGGCAGCUUCUUUGGGUCCUCUCUGAACCCGCAUCGCUUACCUGAACCUCAGGUUUUCUUUAGGGACCUGGGCCUCUUUUGUCCUAGACCUUCAGCUCCUCAGCAAACGGUCUCUACAGCUCCUGCUCUCCCUCUCAGGCCUCUCUUGCCUCACUAGGCCAUUUCACCCUUUGUUCUGCUGCUCAUCCCACUCAUGGAGAACCCAGGACUGGUUGUGCACGGGCAGGCUGCUUCCUUUUCCACAGCACUCCGAAGUCUUGUCAACAACCCCCGGUACAGCGAUGUUUGCUUUGUGGUUGGUCAAGAACGGCAAGAGGUGUUUGCCCACCGGUGCUUGUUGGCCUGUAGAUGCAACUUCUUCCAGAGACUUCUGGGGACAGAGACGGGCCCUGGGGUACCUAGUCCUGUGGUGCUAAGCACGGUGCCGACCGAGGCCUUCUUAGCUGUGCUGGAGUUCCUGUAUGCCAACAGCGUCACCCUGCACCGCUACUCAGUGCUGGAGGUGCUGACAGCAGCUGUGGAAUAUGGGCUGGAGGAACUUCGAGAGUUAUGCCUGGAGUUUGUGAUGAAGGUUCUGGAUGUGGAGCUGGUUUGUGAGGCCCUGCAGGUGGCUGUAACCUUUGGCCUGGGGCCGCUGCAGGAGCGGUGCAUAACCUUCAUAGAGGCUCACAGCCAGGAGGCUCUACGAACCCGCGGCUUCCUGGAGCUAUCGGCCACUGCGCUGCUGCCCGUGCUACGCAGUGACAAGCUCUGUGUGGACGAGGCUGAGCUGGUCAAGGCAGCCCGAAACUGGGCGCGCGUGGGCGCCGCGGUGUUGGAGCGACCGGUGGCAGAGGUGGCGGCUCCAGUGGUUCGAGAGCUGAGACUGGCCUUGCUGGCCCCGGCGGAGCUGAGCGCCCUGGAAGAACAGAACCGACAGGAGCCACUCAUCCCGGUGGAGCAAAUUGUGGAGGCGUGGAAGUGCCAUGCCCUACGGAGAGGAGAUGCGGCCCCGGGGGCACCGUGCAGGCGGCGAAGGGGAACCCUGCCCCGGGAUCACCACCGUUUUCUGGACCUUCGUUUCAAAUGAUCCACUUCCGGAACUUGGGAGGCAUCUGAUCUGAUCACACUCCAAACUACAGCUCCCGAGGUGCCUUGCGCCCGAGGCGGGCUUCCGCUCCCAGCAAGCCCUGCGAGCCGGAGGCCGGAAGGACCAUGUAGGGCCGGGCCAGUGCCAGUGGACCCGAGUUGGAGUCGUGUCAUGGGCUCGGGCGACGCCCCGAGGCCGGAAGCGAGGGUGGCAUGUAUUCCAUGAGCUCACACCACAUCCUGCUGCCGGUCACUCCUCUGUCCCUCUAUUCGGUUGACGCUGUUAUCUAUGUAGCGCAUCCUCCUUAACAACAAAUCAGCUUCCUAGCCUGGCGAUGGUGGUGCACGCCUUUAAUCCCAGCACUCGGGAGGCAG